AUGUUCAUCAAUGGGUACAAGCAGUUUAAGAAAUCAUAUUCAGAAGACUUGCAAGAUACUCUUGUGUUGAAUGGUGAUUUCAUGCAUUUGCAUUGCGGGACACAUGUUUUGAAUUUGAUUGUCAAGGAUGGGUUGUCAGAUAUGCGUGACAGCGUAACGAGCAUUCGUAAUGAUGUGAAGUAUAUAAGGUCCUCUGAUUCAAGGUUGCAAGCUUUUAAAAGUCGAGUUGGAGGGGGCAACUUUAAUAGAGGAAGUUUGGUUUUGGAUUGUGCGACACGUUGGAACUCGACUUUCCUAAUGUUAUCUUCCGCUUUGAAGUACAGAGAUGCGUUUAAACGAAUGGAAAUGGAAGAUAAGCUUUAUGAGAACUAUUUUGGCGAAGAUGAUGAUUCCAGAAUCGGGAAAAAAAGGCUUGGUCCUCCUUCAGAAAAUGAUUGGGAAAAUGCUCAUCGAUUGAUACGCUUCUUGAAGAUUUUUUAUGACUCGACUUUAGCAUUUUCUGCAACUACAAAGGUAACUUCCACUUCUUGCUACAACGAGAUUAUAAAGGUUGAAACGGUUUUGUCUUCCUUGGCAAAUAAUCCCGAUCAUGAAAUGAGCAAGAUGGCCAAGAUAAUGAGAUUUAAGUUUGAUAAAUAUUGGGAGGGGACCGAAAAGAUCAAUAAGUUAUUGAUCAUUGCUUCUGUAUUUGAUCCAAGGAAUUUAUAUGGAUCAUCAAGUAGUGUGAACGAUGUUGAUAUCGAUAUGGGUUUUACUUAUGAUGAUGAUCCUUUUGCUUCGUUUACCCAAAUGAUGGCGGAUAAAGGGGUUAUCGAGGAAUCGCCGAAUGAGUUGGAUAUUUAUUUGAUGGAAAAGGUCGAAGUGAUGAAUCCUAACAACUUAGGUUGCGAAUUUGAUAUUUUGUCAUAG